AUGGCUGCCUCAUUGGGUAUCAUGAUAGUGCUUGAGCUAGACAUCCCAGGUCACGCUGGAGCCUGGAAGAAGUCUCAUCCCGAGCAUGUUGUUGAGGAUUACCUAGAUCCUAAUAGUGAGUCUAUGUGGCAGCUGUUUUCUACUGUACUCACUGAGCUCGAAGAGCUCCUGCCUGUCACUGCACUACAUGCCGAAUUGCCACUGGGGCUUCAUCUAGGUGGGGAUGAGGUUUCCAAUGAUCGGGCGCAUCGAGCAUUCGAAGCUAAGCUGAAAAAAUAUAGACCACGUGAUGCACGUCUCCACAAUAUGCGUUGGGAAGAAUCCUUCCUAGUUGGGGGUGUUGAGCACAAUGACAUAGUUACAGUCUGGAAGUCCUUCGAGAUGUCCGGCAGGAUCCUACUCGGGGAUGUGAUCACCCGAGGGUUCAGUGCUAUCAACAUGUGUCUCAGUAGACUUUACCUUGACGCGAAGUUCCAGCCUACAGUUGAAGCUAUCCGCAAAUUCGAUGCAUACAGGAGUGGUUCACAGACACCAGGCCCUAAUGGUCACCUCGUUAAGAUAGAGCAUGAGCAUUUGGUGCUUGGCGCAGCUGUGAGCUGCUGGGGUGAAUGCAUGACCGCUCUGGCCAAAGAUUUGAGUGAAGAUAGGCCAUACAACGAUUUUUGGAAUCUUCUUGGAGAAGCUGGAUAUAACUUCUGGCACACGGAACGACCUUCGCGACGGCGCUCAUGA